GCGGCGGGGAAGAAGUCGGAAGUCUGGUGGGUUCUGGGCGUCGAGAUGGAGGAGAGCGAAUACGAGUCGGUUCUGUGUGUCAAGCCGGAGGUUCAUGUCUACCGCAUCCCGCCGCGGGCCACCAACCGUGGCUACAGGGCCGCGGAGUGGCAGCUGGACCAGCCAUCAUGGAGUGGCCGGCUGCGAAUCACAGCGAAAGGGCAGGUGGCCUACAUCAAGCUGGAGGACAGGACCUCAGGGGAGCUCUUUGCUCAGGCACCAGUGGAUCAGUUUCCUGGCACAGCUGUGGAGAGUGUGACGGAUUCUAGCAGGUACUUUGUUAUCCGCAUCGAAGAUGGAAAUGGGCGACGGGCGUUUAUUGGAGUUGGCUUCGGGGACCGAGGUGAUGCCUUUGACUUCAAUGUUGCGCUACAGGACCAUUUCAAGUGGGUGAAACAGCAGUGUGAAUUUGCAAAACAAGCCCAGAACCCAGACCAAGGCCCCAAAUUGGACCUGGGCUUCAAGGAGGGCCAGACCAUCAAGCUCAACAUUGCGAACAUGAAGAAGAAGGAAGGAGCCGCUGGGACUCCCCGAGCCCGGCCCGCCAGCACAGGAGGACUGAGCCUGCUUCCUCCUCCCCCAGGGGGAAAAGUCUCCAGCCUUAUCCCUCCCCCUGGAGAGCAGUUGUCUGUUGGGGUGUCCCCCGCCCAGCCAGCAGUUGUUCCCAGUUCAGGAGGUGCCACCGUGUCUUGGCCGCAGCCCAAGCCUGCCACCGCCGAUGUCUGGGGAGACUUUACCAAAUCGACAGGGUCAACAUCCAACCAGACUCAGCCUGGCACAGGCUGGGUCCAGUUCUGACCUGAGCACACUCUUUUCCUCAUACAACUUCUGGAAAGGAGCCACCUCAUCUGGGACAUAAGAAGGAGGAUGAAGCGCUCCCUGCUGGCCCCUGUGUUUGGAGCAUGACUCUCUCCUCCAUGCCUGGCUCCUUUGACAGACUGGGCGCAUUAAACAGUCAGUUGGCACCUUGUCACACUGGUUGGUGCCUGGGAUCCCAGUAUGUGACCAGAACACAGGAGAAGAAAAGCUGUAGGAGCCCCAUCCCUUUUGUCCUCUUGCCAUGAGAGAGACUCCGAGGCUUGACUUCUUCCAUCACAAUGACCCAUAUUAAACACAAGCCCCAAAAGCAAAAGAAGGGGUUGAGUUUGCUACCUGGAUUCACAUCAGCCCUUCUCAGGGUUUACAUGUGUCACGUGAUCGCUGUUCAGAAGAGGGGCUUUCUGCACUCUCUUUGUCUGUAGUCACUUAAGGAGGCUUCCUUCCUGAUUUCUAGCAGGUUUAUAGGCCGCAGCUUGAAUAGACAAUUAGGAGGGGAGUUGGGAGUAUUCAGUAGCUUUUUAUUUCCUUUUUAAUAUUUGCUUUGCAAAUGUGCUGAUCUGCCCUAACUCCUUGUCUUUGCAAAAGGGACUGCUUCCACGGCGUGCCCCAAUAGGAGCCUCUGAGACAUUCCCCUGUCAGCGCAGGGCUGCCCUGGGCCUCAGGAAGCAGUGCGCAGCUCUGCCAGGGUGCCUGGUUUCCAUGUCUUCAGCCCAGGCGGGCAGUGCAGGGCCGAGGCAGGCGCUGAAAGAGGAUGGAACUGUUUGGUCAGAAGGUGGGAACUCGUCUCAUGGAGGUGCGUCAGCCCUUCUGUCCGCUGGCAGCUCUCUGGGGCUCACAACGCAGUUCCUUGGCUGACUUGGGUUUUCUCCUUGGAGGUUUCUGAAGUGCCUUGUCUGCAGACAACCUCUUUUUUUCUCCUUCAGGGACUGUCACUGACAGACAGGAGCUCAGAGUGAACUGGAAGUCUAAGGUUGCUUGGAUUACUGGUUCAUCAGAGAUAAUUUUAUCUGAGCUCACCUCUGAAAUUCCUUUUAUUGACUCAUCUUACCUCUCAGCUGAGAGAUUUCUUUUGUGAAGGGUGAAGACCAUGAACUGAAAGAAGUGUUGGCCUGUUUGUGGGACCAAAUUUCUAAGAUAAAGAAAUAAUAAAUUUAUUUCUAUCAAUAUAUGUCAAAGAUGCAAGUAUUUUUAGCAGCAUGGCUGCUAAACCUUAUUUCAAGAUGCCCCAGCUAGACUGGCAGCCACGUCUGUCACCACUGAGCACACGUCUAGGUUUAAAGUCUGGGGCCAGGGUGUCAGCUUGGCCAAAGUGAGAGUUAGACCCUAAUGCCCUGAGCCAGCCAGACACUUCUUUACUGUGCAUCUAGAAGAGCACAAUCUGUGCACCAUCCUUGGAACUGUUGGGACAGCAGUUGCUCACAUCAUUUUCUGUAGGGCCUAAUUCUCUUGUGGAACUUUGGGUACGAAAGGUUGUGCUAGAGCAUCUGGCUCCUUGCCUUCUGAAGUGAGGGGGGUCCUGCCUCCCACCAAGACCUCCUUCUGGAGGUAUCUCUCUAAAUAGGAGGGGUGUUCAGAUGCACGGAGGUAAAAAAAAAUAUACUGCUCUUGCCUGAGGAUUCUGUAAGAAAGAUACAGCCUUUAUCAUUGGUUUUGGAGACAGCCAUUCUGGGAAAUACACAGUGUUGUUAUUGUUAGCUGCCGUCAAGUCGGCCCCUGACUCAUGAUGACCCCACGUACAAUAGAAGGAAGUGCUGCCCGACCCUGUGCCAUCCCCAUGAUUGUAUGUGAAUGGAACCAUUGUGAGUGUAGGAGAAGAGAAACAAAAAUUGAGGAUCCUCUUGCCCAUUGAAUAAGGACAAGGCAAGCAUCAGAGGAUUCUCGGUAAUAAGCCUGUGUGUAUUUCACAUCACAUUACUUCCCACCUGGACGAGAGUUACUUUUUUCUAAGUGCUUGAAGGUUGGAAAUGAGAAAGCUUAGACAGAGGAAGCCCUUCAUUAGAAGUUACUGUAUUCCAUGGAAGGUUCUGGACACAGACCUGAGCUUUGGAUCUAGACUCCCCUGGUUAGAUGUGUGACCACAGGCUCCCCCUUCCUUAACCUCUGAGCGCCACUCAGGUGAGGCAUACAAAGCAUUAGCAGGUGCACAUUGGAUAGUUUGGCUUUAAUUACUGUUACCUAGAGUUAGGUUGCCAUGAGUUGGAAUUGACUUGGUGGCAACUGAUGGGUUGGUGUAAGAUACCAGACCUGUUAAUUAUGAGGAAGAGGAGGAGGCAGCUGAUAAGGAAGCAGCCAUUAAGAUCUAAUUGAAAAGUACCUCGAGUCUGGGGCAAGGAACAGUUUGGUGCUCUCUGUCACCAACUGAAAAUUUCUUGUUACAGGCGCAGGAUCCUUGGGAAAACUGAAUAUCCAACCAGGAACCCCUUUGUUACACUCCUGACUGGAGCUUGCAAAUUGGUGGGGGUAGGGGUGGGAGGUGGAUAAAAUGGAUGACAGGAGAUAGGCAUUGGUUUGGGGGUCUGUGAGACCUAAGCUACUCUCUGCACAAUGGGAGGAUUUAGAUACGCUGAGAGGUGUAGCGGACAGACUCAGGUGGCCCCAGGGGGGGUUAUCCACUAGGCAAGGGAAGCACGGUGCUUACCUUGCUUACCAGAUCAUCUGUAGUGAACAAUUUCACAUCUUUUCACCACAUCAAAGAUUCUGCUUCUAGGUCUGGGUGGCAUCUGUCUCUCUCCCAACUCCACAGCACCUUCCUACAGAAUAAAAGCCUCUUUUCAAAUUUACAAUCCCUGACAGGGGUGGAUGACCCAGUAAGCAAGGUAGCACGAGUUUACUUGUGCUUACUUACUAAUCUGUAGUGAGCAAUUCCACAUGAAUUUCAUGUGAAUGAUGUGGUGAAACCUAUGUGAAAUUGUUCACUACAGAUAAUAAGCAAGUUAAGCACUGGGCUUACCUUGCUUAUUGGAUAAUCUACCCCUGGAUGGCCCCCAUGACCUCCACUUCCUGGGAUUCAUACUCUUGUGUAGUCCCCUCCCUUCAAAUGUGGGCAGAAUCUGGGACUUGCUUCUAACCAAUAGAAUAACACAAAGGUCAUGAGAUACUACUUCCAUGAUUAUGUUAUAUAAGGUUGCAAUGUUUGUCUUGCUUAGAGACUCUUGCUGGUUUUGAAGAAGCCAGCUGCCAUGUUGUGCGCUGCUCUAGGGAGAGGCCCAUGUGGCAGCAGAUGGUGACAUCUUGCUAAGAGCCUCUGAGGAACUGACGCCCUCAGUCCAACAGCCUUCCAGGAACAAUCCUGCCAACGACAUGUGAAUGAACUUGAAAGUGGAUCGUUUCCUAGUUAACCUAAGAUGAUGCCACAGCAUCAUCCGACACCUUGAUUGCAGCCUGUGAGGACCCUGAACCAGAAGACCCAGAAACACUGCACUGGAUUCCUCACCCUCAGAAACCGAGAGAAUCAACGUAUGUUGUCUUAAGUCGCUAAGUUUUGGGGAUUUGUAUACAGCAGUAGAUAAGUAAUAGAGGCUAUUUCCAGUCUUUUGCUAUGACAAGCAAUAUUA